AUGUCGGAUAGCCGGAUGGUUCUAAAAUUGGUUCGGGGUCUUACCAAACUGUACCGUGGUGUGGGUACGUUGAUCUGUCAGAGCAAUCCUUUUCCCUCUUUCUAUCAAGCCUGGUCGAUGCUCAUCUUGGUAGAGGCCGGGAUGGCCAAGGAGGCGACUACUGGUUCUGAGUCUGCAAUGGUGGCCGCAUCUUAUGAUGAUUCUCUGGUGAAUUCUGGGUCUCAGGGAAAUUCAAAAGGGAAGAAUCAAAAGAAGGGGAAGUCCGGCAACCGAAAAAAUUCUGGCGGCAUUGCAGGCAGUGCAGGUCGGGGUUCCGAAGGUGACAAGCUGGGUCAGGGCUACAACGGCGGCAGUGUUGGUCGAGCUCCUGGAGGACAGCAAGCUCAACCCCCACCUCAUACACAGCAAAGGCAGCCAGGAAUUUUGGGCCCUUGCCCACAACAGAAUCAGCAGGCCUAUGCAACCUCUUCUCUUGGACAGCCUGGUUCGUAUGCACCUUCUUAUGCUCCCAUUGACAUAGAGUCGGCUAUGCAUACUAUGACUCUUUCUCAACCGGAUCCAUCAUGGUACAUAGACACUGGAGCUACGUCUCAUAUGACAUCCUCUAUAGGUGAUUUCUCGUCUUAUUUUAAUUUGAGCAAUCAUCCUAAUAAUGGCAUUGUUGUUGGUAAUGGUCAUACUAUUCCUAUUUUUACCACUGAUAAUUCUGUGACAGUUGAGUUUGAUCCUUUUGGGUUUUCUGUGAAGGAUUUUCAAACGGGGAUGCCGAUAAUGAGAUGUGAUAGCCGCGGGGAUCUGUAUCCUAUUACCUCCACUCUACACAAUCAAGCUUAUUCUUCUACCUUUGCCGCCAUCUCUCCUUUCUUAUCUUAG